CAUAAUAUGAGCUGUUUCAUUCAUUUAACUAUACUGUUAUUAGUGCUUAGUUUCACUUUUACUUCAUGAUCACAGUUACAUUAGUCAUUUUUAUUUAAACAACAACAAAAAAAACAGGCUGAGUUAGAGGCAAAAGGACGUGUGCGUGACUCCGGUGGAGAUGUGGAUAAUGAGGAGUGGGUCCUAAGCAUGACUUCUCUGCAGUUUGGCAAGUACCGUGGCAAGAGUUUUGUGUGGCUUCUGCAGAAUGAUGUUGGUUGGGCUACCAUGCUAAUGGCUGACCACAAACGUGCUCGCGAGACAGCAAAGCGGUACGGGGAUCCACAAUGGGACAAUAAAGAAGCUCUUUUUAGGUUAGUAUAGUUAAGCAUGCUGUUUUUAAGCAAUAAAACGAACCUGAUUUCUGUGCCACAUCAUGUAUUAGCUGUAAUGGCACAGUGUAUUAAAAAAGAGAGAUGUUUAGAAAGGGGUUUACAUUAAUUUUUCAGUACUUAUGAGACUACCAAUUUCCAUGUUGUUUUCUAGCCAUUUAAUUGCCUUCAAUGCACUCUGUGUUCUUUUGUUUCACUUAUAGGUAUGUUAGUCUUUUCCCAGAGAUGAUCAAUGCCAUUGGCAAAAGAAUAAGCCAGAACAAAGCCAAGGCCAGUGGAGUGGGGUCUGGAGAUGCUGAAGGGCAUGCUCUUGUUGGUUUUGGACCAUAUAGUAGUAUGACUAGGAAAGGACUCUUUGAGUCAGUGGACCAAAACCACAAAAGCUAUGUACAAGAGCUCCUCCAUCACCCAGUAACACAUCCCGGUGGUCAGCUGGAUAAGAUUAAACAGUAUCUUAUAAGGAGGCAGCAGGAGCAGGAAAAAAAUGACGAUGAUGCCCUCGCUCGAUUUGCUGAUGAGGUUGAGAAAAGAAUGGGUGCAGGUAAUAAAUAAAACUGAUUGACAGUAUCAUAUUUUAGAAAUAUAUUAUAUUAAACUUGUGUGUUGUGGCAUAGUUCAAGGUUUCCUGUAAAAGGGUGUAAUUUGCUUAUUAGUAAUAAGCAAAUUAGAUCCUUUUUCCUCAAUUUUAGCCCAUAUUUUAACCAUGACAUUUAUACAUGUACAUGUACAGAUAUGUUAUUUGUUUAAGGUUGAUUUUUUACUGUUAGUCUGUUUGAUUUAAUACUGUCAAUCCUUAAUCUUCUAUUAUCUCUUUGUAGUUACUCCCUCUACUGGUCCCAGCUCGACAGUGACAGCUGCACCCCCUAUAUCGGAUACUCCAGAGGUUAGAUAUAUAAUUAUUUAUUAUUAGAAUUUAUAUUGUUAUUGGUUUUAAAGGUUGUAUCUGGUUGAACUAAGUCCUACACAACUGUUUAACAGUAUCAUUUUUCUUUUACAUCUACCCUUUUUACAGAAAAUUGCUCUUCCCAAAGCUUGGCAAGAUACCUUACCAAUUGAGCAACAACGUUGGAUGAGCAAAGCACUGUACCAGUUCAACCCUUCGACUGGCAAGUCCGAGAUAAAGAAAGACCUGAAGAUGUGGUGGUUCCCACCAGAGCCUGUCUAUAACUGCAACCAACCUCCAGCUUCACCUGACGCUUACUUUUUAGAACCCUUUUUUCUCUGGGCACCACAGAGAAUUUGGGGCCUUGAUCUGCGCUGCACCGAGGAGUGUAAAGCAAAUCAAGCUAAACAGAAUGUGAAGGUACAAUUACAUAUAGGACUUGGGUUUUUUAAAGUAGUCUUUAUUGAUAGUAACAUUUGUUACUGAUAUUUAUGUACAGUUUUAAGUGAUAUUUUUAGUAUAAUAUUAUUGUCUUGUCCUUUAAUAAUACAAAUGUAAAUAUUACCUUGUGUGUACAUGAAUGAAGCCUUCAUUUAUACUUUGGGGAUAGCAUUGUAAUGUUCAGUAAUACAUCUUUACUCUUCAUAAUCAUGGAUAUUACACUUUUUUCUCCAAUUAUGUAUCAUUUUUUUCAGCUGUACCUUACACAAUCAGGGUUUUACAAAACAGUACGGAGAGUGUUGGACAUCGACCGAUGGUACUUCAUGGGUACAGAGUACCUAGAAUGCAAGUUCUGCAAAAAAAAAUUUGCUGCCUGGUCCAGUGUGGUACUUGGUCAACUGUGCUUGGGCCAUCGGAGCUACUUUCCAGCACUACUCACAUACAGGUACCAGUAAAAAACAUAGUAGUUAAUUUAUUAUAAUAAUUCACCAGCAGUAAGAUGAGAUGACAUGAAAAAAGAAAACCCACUUGCCUUUUGCUGGAAUAUAAUAAUACCAAAUUCAUUUAUGCAUUAUUUAAUAGUGGCUUAAUCAAAUGACUUGUCCAGAAAUUUGUUUUCCUAUUUUUUUGUAUUCAGAUACUCUUGUGAUUUUCGAGUUGUUGGCCUGUUAAGACAGAGGACCCUCGGGAACUCUUCCACUAAGGUGUGUAAUCAAGUCGGAGAGCAGCAUAGUGAAUUGUACAUGAAAAGGCUCUUGAGGUUUUUACAAGCUAGGGAGCCAUUUCAUGUCAAAGCUGCAAGUGGCUUAUUCACUAUUGCUGCUCCCAACAAAAAAUUACCACCAAUGAGACCGGUGCCUAAAGGACCUUGGUUUCUUGCUGUUUAUGUGAGGGAUGUCUUGAGCAGGCUAGACGAAGUGAAGGCAAAGAUAACCUCUACCUUUGGCUCAGUUAUCAAAAUGGACUCAACGAAGAAGGUAUUAGCUUCAUGAGAAAUUUUUCAUUUUCCCAUUGUAAAUAAUUAUUAUUAUUAUGGUGGACUCCUCUUUUAAAACAGUCGACCAUUUAAUGGGCAAGGGUACUUAGUAACUUGUAAGCUAAAACCAUGCCAGCACAGUUUGUUGAUUAAGUAAUAGAAACCUUGUAGAGACAAAUAAUAGUAAAUGGAAUAAUGACUAUUAAAUAAUAUUUUUUAGAAAUGCAUGUCCACUGGGCACUUUCAUUUUCUGUAUAUGCAUUGCAUUCUUCUAUUUAUCAAAAUGUUUUAAGAAUCGUUCUUCUUUGACAAUUCUGCAGGUCACUAAAAAGCUAGGAGGCAAUGCUGCUGGGACAGCUUCUUGGGCCACAAAUGUGGGCAAUGAGCUUGGCCAGGUACUGUCAUCUGUCUUGACAGAUUCGGAAGGUGAUGGUCUUGGCGACAUGGUGACUGGCUUGGUAGAGAGAUACAGAAACUCCAAUGUACCUCCACCAAAACUUCUGUAUGUGGAUCGAGAUUGCUGUUCUAGAAAGUUGAAGAGCCAUUUCCAUGAGUGGAGCAAUCUGGUCAUACGUCUCGAUGUAUGGCAUUUUAUGAGACGGUUUGCUGCUGGUUGCUGUUCAGAAUCCCAUGCCCUGUAUGCUACCUUUAUGUCUCGACUAUCUGCAUGUGUGAUUGAGUGGGAUACCGAAGACCUUCAAAGAUUAUAUGCAGCCAAAAGGGGUCAACUCUCUGCCAGUGGGGUGUGGAGAAAACGGAAGGAAGAUGUUGCUAUGCAUAUAACCAAGAAAGAACUGGCCUUGCACUGCAAACGACGCACACGGGGAGUGGAGGAAACAACUCGUCUCAUCAAAGAUCUAAUCGACACAUUUUCUUCAGACAAAGGGAACGAUACCAUGGGUAUACCUCUACUGAACAAAACAUCCAUCCAGCAGAUAUGGGAGGAGCAGAAACAGCACAUUUCAUGCAUACAGGACGUAGAUGACCCUUCCAUUCAAUUGUACACCCAGACUGGUACAUUGAAGAAGGGUGGUGUUGAGCUUCCCAUCUACAGGUGUGCCCGAGGUUCAACAUCAUUGGAAUCAUUCCAUCUACACAUUGAUCGCUUCAUUCCAGGUAAAAAACAAACAAAAUGCUCUUCUUAUAAAACAACAAUGUCCUCAUCUGCCUUAAGGAUCACCUCUGUUAACAAGAAAUGUUGACUUGACAGAUAUGAAGAGAUGUGUAAGGUACAUUCCAAGUACUGUCUGUGUUUCUGAAAAGAUUGUACUGAAACAGAAAGUUGUGUUAUUUAAUGGUCUAAGACCAUCUUAUAUAAUGGUAACAUCUUUCUUCUGGCACUCCUUUUAAAUGCUUGAAUUUUUUACUUGUAGGUACAAUAGCCAAUGAUGUCCACUUCCAGUGCUAUCUACUUGAGGGCAUUGUACGCUGGAAUGAAGACAGGGCUUCGGCGGCCAUGAUUGAUGGGUGUGAUUCACUAACAAGCAGCUACUCUUCCUCCCUAAAGUAUGAAAUCAACCGCUUGACCAAAAUGGUGUAUGGUGAAGAGCAGCACAAGAAAUUUGACCAUCCUGGCAAGUACACAGGUAAUGUGGGUUUUGUUUAUCUUGAUCAUGUUUUGCAUGGGGUUAGGCAACAGAUAAAUAGUGCUGUGUCAGCUACUAAGUGUAUUCCAUGUAUGAGCAAUCUAUAGGCCGCUGCUUUCCACCUUCAUUUGGAAGGUUGCAGUUCCUAAUAACCUCAUAAAACUCACAUACCAAUUUGAAUUGUUCUUGUUGUUACACAAUUAGGUGAGAAAAUGGGGGUAGAAUAUCUUUACAGCCAGACAGGGAAGACUUGGUCUUCAGAUGUCAGUCGUCUUGAUCCAGAUGAACCUGAUGAACUCACUGAUGACUCGACUGAUGACUCCCUCGAUGAAGGUUUUGCAGAGAGUGAAGAGGUGGAUCCCACUGUUGGUGACCUACAUGUAGAGCCAUCUCCUACAGAUCAGCAGCCCUCAAGUGCAAACACUGGUAUUUUAUACAAUUGAAAUUAAUGCUAAUCUGUGAUUAUUUGAGUUACAAGAGAGUCUUUCCCUUGAACUCUUUGUUUUAGUUCGGGCAUUUUCAAUAUUGUUUUGGUUCUUCUUCUUUCCAGCUCAGUCAUCAAGCCAAGAAGACAGCUCCACUACAAAUGAAGAACCACCAACAACUGAUGUCCAUGUACUUUCUGAUUCUGAUGACACUUCUGAUACUGAGUUGCAGGUAAGAAUACGUGUUGUAUGGGUCAUAAAUUACUUUUAGCCUGGCCAAUAGUGACUUAAUUAUAUCUACAAAAUCAUUAUUAUAGCUUCUGUGUUUUCUAAUCUUUGCUGUUUCCUGUAGGAGACAGUUGGUCCUCUUGGGAUUCUUGGUUGGGAGCAGAUCCAGCAGCUUGCCAAUGCACUCUUUGAUCUACGGGAUUGCACUGCCCUAACCGAAGCCCAAGUGAACCACCUGAUAAGGGUAUGGAGUUUACUCCCUACUGCGCUCAAGGAGGCAAAAGUCAUGUACCCUCCACGUUACCGCAGUGAUAAUAAACACUGCGGUAGAUUCAUGCAGAAGAAAGCAAGUGCAACCCAUACGCAGACAGUGACACCCGGAACAGUCAGUCUUAGAAGGUGAACACAGUGGAUAGUUGUCAAGUUCUAACAAAUGCUUGAAACGGAAAAAUAUACACACAUCAAAUAAACAAUUCAGAUUUCUCUAAGAGUUUUUUUUUUCAUAUCUAUAAAUACAGGAAAGAGAAAAAUACUUUUAGUCAAAGUUGUGCUGAGAUUUUUUUGUAUCAUUACUAUACUUUUUGGGAGGGGCGAGAAUAGGGGGCAUGGAGCUGUGAGUAACUUGUCAAGUAAAACGCGUAAUAUUGCCCACACUACAUGUAGCUAGCUCAUUGCUAAAAGUAAAAAUCACCUUCUGUUUCCAUUUUAUAUCCCUCUUGUCUUUUUAAAAGAGUUUGAAUAAAUGUUUUUCAGGGCAAUGGUUGGUGGAAACUCUGGUCCUGCUACUCAUGUAGAUGCAAGCCCUCUGGUGGAGGCCAUUUGUGUCAAAUUAGAGGCAACAUAUCAUUCUCCACAGAGGCGUAAUGGCAAAAGUGUUUCUAGGUGGAGACUCAUCUUAGACAAGUAUCAUAACAUCAGGAACCUUGUCACCUUGCAUGACCGUCUCAUGAACGCAACCAACAUUCAAUUAUACGAGCUGAACCAGACUACUCUUCUGACGUGGUAACUAGCAAAAUUUUCAGUUUAUAUAAUAUGAUAAUCAAUGACAGGAUGAGAAUUUUUCAUGCUUGGCAGGUACAACACAGUUCCCUUCAAAACCCCUUCUCUUCAAUUCAAAAAGCUUGACAGUGGACCAAAUUUACAUUUACAUGCACAACACAUUUUUACUGUACCAAGAAUAAUAAUACAGUGUUUGUUAAUAUUAUUUUGUCUACAGGUUUAACAAGAGACAGAAAACCAUAGAGAACAGGGUUCUGAUCCAGUCCCUCCCACCCACUGCACCGGUUGAGUCUGCUGAGCCACUUCCUCCUGCACACUCACUUUUGUCCAAGCCACCAACCUAUCCAGCUCGAACGCCACACGACUUUAAAUCUAUUCCACAUCUACCAACUGAAAGACCUAAAGGCACACAAAGAGUUGUACCUCCAGCGGAAGGGGCAGUCCGUGUAUAUAACAGUCCCACUGUUAUACCAGUGCCACGUACAACACUGUACAACCAGCGUAAAAGGGCAGCUGAAGCAGAAACGCCUACAAGUACUGAAACUGCAAGCAAACGGAAGUACCAGAGGUCAACGACUUUUAACGUCUGCAGACAGUGCCACCUGCCGAAAACGAAGACAUUUGGUCACAGUCGCCAUGUUGGUAGAUAUGGACUAGAAACCUUUUGUCCUUCAGUAGAGGGGAAAAGGUAUGCAAGUGUGGAUGCCUGGCUCCAGGAAAGGCGAAGAGAAAAUCCAAAAAAAGAAAAAAAUAAUUCUACAUGACAAAAUUUUUAGUCUUAUCUAUGAUUUUUGUUUUGCAAAUUACAUUAUACCCAAAGCAGCUAUGAUUUUGAUUUCAAUUUACCAAGUCAC